CAAAAUAAAAUAUGAAAAAGAGUUUUCAAAAGGAGUGAGCACUUGGAUUCUGUCCUCCAUUGACAUCACUUUAGACGGUUCAAAACAGAAUCUAAUCUCUUCAUUGAGUCGUCCCCACCAUUACCACCCACCAAACCAAUCCAUUUCCCUCCCAGUUGCUGGUGGAAUUGAACCGAACCCUCAAAAAAUUUCCACUCUUUUUGUCCUUCACAUGUUCUAAGAUCUCUUUAUUAGCCCAAUUCUUUCAUUUUCUUGCACUCAAAAUAUACCAAAAAAAGGAUGAAUUUUGCUCUAUGUUCUUCAUCUUUGGAUCUUUCAAAUCUUUCAUUUCUGGGUCUGAAGUGUAGUCAUGAUUCUUGCUCUGAUAUGUUAUUAACCAAAUCAUUUGUUGUUCAAGAUUCUUGGGAUGGUAGUAGUAAAAAAAAGAUGGCGGUUUGCAGCCAUUUAAUGCCUGGACAUUUAGAGGGUUCUUUCAUGGGGGAGAAAAGAUUUGAAGAGGCUCCCAGGAAGUUGGGAUUUGUGAGAACGUUGUUGGUUGAUAAUUAUGAUAGUUAUACUUAUAAUAUUUAUCAAGAAUUGUCUGUUGUUAAUGGAGUGCCUCCUGUGGUGGUGAAGAAUGAUGAGUGGACAUGGGAGCAAGUUUGUUAUUAUUUGUAUGAAGAAAAAGCAUUUGAUAAUAUUGUUAUUUCACCUGGUCCUGGUUCUCCAACUUGUGCUGCUGAUAUAGGAAUAUGUCUUCGGUUGCUGCUUGAGUGCAGGGAUAUUCCUAUUUUGGGUGUUUGUCUUGGAUACCAGGCUUUGGGUUAUGUUCAUGGUGCUCAAAUUGUCCAUGCAUCUGAACCAGUUCAUGGACGCAUGAGCGAAGUUGAGCAUAAUGGGUGCAAACUUUUCAAUAAGAUACCUUCUGGCCCAAAAUCUGGAUUCAAGGUGGUUCGAUAUCAUUCACUUGUUAUAGAUGCAGAAUCCCUUCCAGAGGAUCUUGUACCAAUUGCAUGGACUACUUCUGCUGGCAUACAUUCUUUCCUCGAGUCUCAGAGUUCUGAUACUUGGUCUUAUAGCCUCUCUGAAGAAGUGCAAAUGAAAAAAAUUCUCAUGGGCAUUAAGCAUUCUACAAGGCCUCACUAUGGUUUACAGUUUCAUCCAGAGAGUAUUGCUACCUGUCAUGGGAGGCAGAUAUUUGAAAAUUUUAGAGAGUUGACACAGAAUUAUUGGCAGAGACUGAGAUCAACAUUUGUCAACGAGAGAAAUGCCAUUUAUGCUGCAUGCAUGCAGGCGCCUGGUGCUAAUCAACUGUUUGAAGUAAAUAGAAGUCGGGUAUUGGAAUGCAAUGAUGAUGUUCUAUCAUUUCAAGAAACUUCAAGAAAUCAAUUUCUAGACAGCAUAGAUGAGAGGAAUUAUUUCAGGAUGUCGAGAUGCGUUGGUGUAAGGCAUUUAAAGCUGAAAUGGAGAAAGUUCAACAAGUUGGCUGCGCAAGUUGGUGGCGCAAAAAAUAUAUUUUGCAAACUGUUUGGGGAUAAUAAUGCUGAAAAUACCUUUUGGUUGGACAGUUCCUCAAUAGAAAAGGAUAGGGCACGCUUCUCGUUUAUGGGGGGCAUAGGUGGAUCACUUUGGAAGCAAAUGACAUUUAGAUUGUCAUAUCAAAGUAAUAUGGCUCUUAAUGAUGGAGGGUACAUAUCAAUUGAAGAUUCUCGAGGCUCUAGUAGAAGCAUGUAUUUGGAAGAAGGGUUUUUUGAUUUUCUUAACCAGGAACUCUUGUCAUUUCAAUAUGAUGAAAAGGAUUUUGAAGGAUUGCCAUUUGACUUUUAUGGUGGAUAUAUUGGUUACAUCGGGUAUAAUCUCAAAGUUGAAUGCGGCAUGUCAUCAAACUACCACAAAUCCACAACUCCAGAUGCAUGCUUUUUCUUUGCCGAUAAUUUUAUAGUCAUUGAUCAUCGUUAUGACGAUGUUUAUAUACUGUCUGUACAAGAAGGAAGUGCAACCAAUAGUCAGUGGUUGGAUGAUGUUGAACGGAAACUUCUUCAUUUGGAAGUGCCUGCUGAAAGAAAAGUAGUUCAUCAGACUUCACAACCAGCAUCAUUUUCCGCAUGUGAUGCUGGCUUUGUUGCGGAGAAGUCUAGGGCACAGUAUAUUAACGAUGUGCACAAGUGUCUAGAAUACAUCAAAGAUGGAGAAAGCUAUGAGUUGUGUCUUACUACUCAGAUGAGAAAAAGAGUUGGGGAUGUUGAUUCUCUUGGACUUUACCUUCACCUUAGAGAGAAAAAUCCAGCACCAUAUGCUGCGUGGCUGAAUUUUUCAAAUGAAAACCUGCGCAUCUGCUGUUCUUCGCCUGAGAGGUUCCUACGACUCGACAGGAAUGGAGUUUUGGAAGCGAAGCCCAUCAAGGGUACUAUAGCUCGUGGUUCAACACUGGAAGAAGAUGAACAACUUAAGUUGAAGUUGCAGUACAGUGAAAAGGAUCAAGCUGAAAAUCUGAUGAUUGUUGAUCUUUUGAGGAAUGAUCUAGGUCGUGUGUGCGAACCUGGUUCUGUUAAUGUGCCACAUCUUAUGGAUGUGGAAUCAUACGCAACUGUGCAUACUAUGGUGAGCACAAUUCGAGGGCAGAAGAGGCCAAAUUUAACAGCUGUUGACUGUGUCCAAGCUGCAUUUCCCGGUGGCUCAAUGACGGGCGCUCCAAAGUUAAGAUCUAUGGAACUUCUUGAUUCUCUUGAAAGCUGUUCGCGUGGCAUCUACUCAGGUUCCAUCGGUUUUUUCUCGUAUAAUCAAACAUUUGAUCUGAAUAUUGUGAUAAGAACGAUAGUAAUGCAUGAAGGUGAAGCAUCCAUAGGAGCAGGAGGAGCCAUUGUUGCUUUAUCAAAUCCUGAAGAUGAGUACGACGAAAUGUUACUAAAAACACGUGCACCAGCCAAGGCGAUUGUAGAAUUUCAAUAGGAUCAGAUCAACAUUAUAGAAUAGUAAGAGUAAAUCUUUACACACCAUAGUACACCUAAUCCUUGAGUCAAGAAGUAUAGUAAUAUAUUUUGAUUUUUCUUAGAAAAUUAAAUUCUUGAGCAUACAGAUUAAUUUUGUCAGAGAGCAAAUAAUUUACUGUUUGUUUUUUUUUGUGUUCCAAACUUUGGCAUUGCCAUUGAUCAGAUUUUGAAUUGAUUCUCAAUAUAAACAUGUAUACACAAAGCUCUGUUUUCUUUCUGAAA